UGAUGAGAAGGGUUGAAAAAAAUCACCAUGCAAGUUCACUACAUGGAGCUAAAGAAGUAGAAAGUCAAACUGGGGUGAUUGUUUCCCAUGACACAAUAUGGCGUACACUGCAGAGGACUGGUAUGCAUGGUUGUCGUCCACGAAGGAAGGUUGUCAUCCUAAAGCCCAUGCACAAAAAAAAGCCUUCCUAGAAUUUUCCAGGGCCCAUGCUGCAAAAGAAGAAGACUACUGGGACUCUGUACUCUGGAGUGAUAAGAAAAAUGUUUUUGGAACUGAAGGAUUCAAAACUGUAUGGCAUCGCAAAGGUGAGGAGUACAAAGAAAAAUGCAUGGUACCUACAGUGAAACAUUGUUGUGGCAGUGUCCUUUUGUGAGACUGCAUGAGGUGUAUAUUGAAAGAGAAGAUGCUGCCAUCAUUCUGUGCCCUUGGUCUUCAUUCACUUUUCCAACAUGACAAUGAUCCAAAACACACAUCUAAGGCCACUCUUGCAUUCCUGAAGAAUAACAGGGUGAAAGUGAUUCAGUGGCCAAAUAUGUCUCCUGAACUGAGCCCAAUCGAACACCUAUAGGGAAUUCUGA